AUGCCCCGUCCACUGCAGUUCGUCUGUCCACAUGCCAACUGCCAAAAGGCUUUCGCAUUCAAGUACAAGUUGAAGGAUCAUCUUCUCCUUCACAACUCCAAUGCCCCCCAGGUGAGCUUCUCUCGCUCCUUCUCUCCUUCCAAAUCCCAUUCCUCCCUCUUCCCCCCCCUCUCCCCCCUUCCUCUCCCCCCUCUGUCCCCUUCCUCUUCCCCCUCUCCCCCCUUCCUCUCCCCCCUCUGUCCCCUUCCUCUCCCCCCUCUCCCCCCUUCCUCUCCCCCCUCUGUCCCCUUCCUCUCCCCCCUCUCCCCCCUUCCCCUACCCCCUUCUCCGUUUCCACAAGUUGACAACCCCAGCAUCUUCCCCAAUGCCCCCCAAGCAAAGUUCAAGAAACACAUGGCCACCCACUCAAAGCAGUUCGUGUGUCCUCAUGAAAAUUGCCCAAAGGCAUUCGCACUCAACUGCUGGUUGACGAGGCACCUUCUAGUGCACAACCCUAAUGCCCCCCGGCACCCAUGCCCUCAUCCCCACUGCUCUCGGACCUUCAAGCGUCGAGACCACAUGUUGCAUCAUGCAAGGAAGCAGCAUUGCGGAGAGGGGGGAAGAGGGGAGAAGCUGCAGCGUGCAAGGAAGCAGCGUUGUCAGGAGGGGGGGAAUGGGGGCAUGGCACGGCUUGUAGGUACGCAGCAUGGCACGGAAAGGGGGAGUGGAGGGAGGGUGAUUGGUGUGUCUGGUGGGGUGGUGGGGAGCGGGGGUUGGGUAAAGAGUGUGCAUGAGGGGAAGAAGGGGAAAAGGGCGGAUGGGGGAGAGGUGGGGAUGCAUGGAGGCGAGAAGGAGGGUGAUUUUUUCAGUAAGGGAGAGGGAAGGAGGGAGGAGGAGGAGAAGGGCAAAGAGGCGAGGGGGGAGGAGAGGGAAGGAGAGGGAAGGAAGGGGGAGGAGAGGGAAGAAGAGGGGAGGAGGGGGGAGGAGAGGGAAGAAGAGGGGAGGAGGGGGGAGGAGAGGAAGGAGGAGGCGAGGAGGGAGGAAGAGGCGAGGAGGGAGGAAGAGAGGGAAGAGGGAACGAGGGGGGAUGAGAGGGGCGAACAGGGAAAGAGGGAGGAGGAGAGGAACGAGGAGGCUUUUAGGCAGGAAGGGGGGCGUGAAGGUGAGGAGAGAACGAGUGCGGUGAGGGGCAAAGAGGGAAGGAGCGGGGAGGAGAGGGACGAAGAGGGAAUGGGAGGGAAGGAGAGAGAUGAAGGAGGAAGGGGAGGGGAGGAGAGGGAUGAAGGAGGAAGGGGAGGGGAGGAAAGAGAUGAAGGAGGAAGGGGAGGGGAGGAAAGAGAUGAAGGAGGAAGGGGAGGGGAGGAAAGAGAUGAAGGAGGAAGGGGAGGGGAGGAAAGAGAUGAAGGAGGAAGGGGAGGGGAGGAGAGGGACGAAGAGGAGGAUCCCCUACCCUUUAUUCAAAGGUGUGGCCAUGUGGAGAGCAGCGUGGGAAGGGCAGUGACACAGCUUCAAGAAGGUUUUGGCACGGCUGGGGGAGGGACGGGGGAGGAGGGAGCAGAUGCUAUGAGGGAUGAAGAGGAAAGGAGAGGGGACGAGAGGAAUGAAGAACAGGAAUUAGUACCUCAUCGGCUCCCUUCUAAGGGGGAGGGAAAUGAUUGUGGAGGGCGGUGGGGAGAGGAAGGGGCACCCCAAUUCCAAUUCCUUCCUCCCAGGGGGGAGGUCCGCAUGGGGGAGGCAGUGAUGCUGCCGUCUCAAGGGGAGGGAAGCGCGGCUGGAGGAGGAAGAGCGGAGGGGGGGGCUGGGGCCGAGAGUGGAGAGGAGAGGUGGCAGCCUGGGGGGGGAGCGGGGAGGAGUGCGCGUGGAGGAUGGAAGGGGGAGGGGGGAGCUUCUGGGGAUGGUGGGGGAGGGCAUAAGUGUGAGGUGAAGGAAGAGGAGGAGGAUGGGUGUGACGUGGAUGGUCGAGGUGAAGUGGGGAAGGGGAAGGAAGUGAGGGAAAAUGGGGCUGGGUUUGAGUCGGUUCAAAGCAUUCGAGAGCGGUGGAGGAGCAACGAGCGUGCAGAGCGUGCAGCAACGAGUGAGGCCCGUAGAAGAGGGUUGCUGCGAAGGGAAGCGGUGAGGAGAAAGCGAAGGCCUGUUGGAGGAGUCGUUGAGGGGGAGAGAGGCAUUGGGAGUGAGGGAGCUGGUUACAGGAGAAAGCGAAGGCGUGUUGGAGGAGUCAUUGAGGGGGAGGGCGCUGGUUACAAGAGAGGCUACCUGAAAAAUCACCUGAGGCAGCAGAAGAGGUACCUGAGCACGAAGGUGCAUCAUUUUGUGGGGAGGAAGGGGCGGCGAUGCAAGCUGAGGAAUCACCUGAAGGCAACAGAGAAGAAGCACCUGAGGAGGAAGGAGUUUCUCCUGAAGGAGGAAGAGGUCCAUCUGAGCCAGAGGGAGGAACACCUGGACAAACAGAAAGAGCACCUGAGACAGCAGGGGGACCAUAUUAGAGAACAGAAGGAGCAGCAAGAGUUGCACCUGAGGCAACAGGAGGAGCAUCUGAAGCAACAGAACGAGCACCUGAGGCAGCAGGAGGACCAUUUGAGGGAACAAAAGGAGCAGCAAGAGUUACACCUGAGGCAGCAGGAGGAGCAACUGAAGGAACAGGACGAGCACCUGAGACAGAAAGAGGCUCAGAUAAGAGAACAGAGGGAGCAACAAGAGUUGCACCUGAGGCAGCAGGAGGAACACCUGAGGCAGCAGAACGAGCACCUGAACGAUAAGGAGAACCACCUGAAACGAAAAAGGCAGCACCUGGAGCUUCAGGUUAGGCGCACGCGAAGACGGAGGGAUCGCCUGAAUCGUCGCUCUGUACGUUCUCGGGGUUCGGGAAAGGAGGCGGUGGUGAGUGGUGGAGAGAGAGACAUGCAGAUUCGGAGGGAUCGCCUGCGUCGUCGCUCUGUGCGUUCUCGUGGUUCGCGGAGGGGGGUGGUGGUGAGUGGUGCAGAGGGGCGCACUCAGAUUCGGAGGGAUCGCCUGAUUCGUCGUUCUGUACAUUCUCGUGGCUCGAGAAUAGGGGUUGGGAUGGGUGAUAUGGAGGGGGUGGGGUUGGCGGGGGAUGGAGGGAGGCGAGGUGUGGUGAAGGAUGAGAGAGAAGAGUGGUUGGGAGUAUAUACGCUGCGCCGUUCCGCAUCGCCCCGUCAAUACCGCAUUGCUGCGCCGUUCCGCGUUGCUGCGCCGUUCCGCAUUGCUGCGCAGUUCCGCAUUGCUGCGCAGUUCCGCAUUGCUGCGCCGUUCCGCGUUGCUGCGCCGUUCCGCGUUGCUGCGCCGUUCCUCAUUGCUGCGCCGUUCCGCAUCGCCCCGACGAAUCCGCGGGACGGCCCGCCGCAUUUCCGGGGCUACGCGCGGCGAUUCUCGCCUUGUCCGGCGCAGCGGAAUGGCGCGGAGCUUCCGCCCGUUCCGCCAAUUCCCGCGCAGCGGCGGGAUGUCGCGGCGGCUCUGCCCGUUCCCGCGCAGGGGAGUGACGCGGAGCUUUCGCCAGAAGCCGCGCAGGCGGAACGGGUUCCGCGGGUUGGGAAAGAAGAGGUUGAGGGUGGGCAGGGGGAAGGGGCAAAGGGGAGGGAUGUGGCGGAAGAAGGGGGAAGCUCGGGGGAGGGGGGAGGUGGGGGCGAGGGUGGGAGUCUAUGGGGCGGUGAGACAGGGGGAGCGGUGAUGGGGGGAAUUGGUGGUAGAACGGGGGAAGGUCACACAUGGGUUUGGAGGUUAGAUGGAGGAGGGGGAUGGGCGAAAGGGUUACAGGUGGGGGAAAGGCAAGCUAUGGGAACGGGGGAAGAGGUGCGAGAGGGGGAAGAGGUGCGGGAGGAGGUGCUGGAGGGGGAAAAGGUGCGGGACGGGGAAGAGGUGAAUGAAGAUGGGGAUGGGGAGGAGUGUGAAGUGGUUUGUGUGGGGGAAUGUGGGGGGGGCGAGGGGAAGUGUGAGGGAGGAGAAGAUGAUGUGACGGAAGUUCCAAUCUGGAUAUUAGCAGAGGACAAUAGGUGGCGGGAUAUUAACGAAUUAUCUGGUGAAAGUGGGAAGGAGAAAGAAGACUUGACGGGGGAAGGGGGGAGAGUGAGAGAUAGGGGGGAAGAAAAGGUGGACGAGGAGAGGGGGGAGGGGGGGCAUGAGAAGCAGCAUACUUGCAAGGCAUGUGGGAAGGCUUUUGAUCGGCGGGCAAGGUUAAAGGAGCACCGGCGGCCGUUUGUGUGCCCGCAUGUGGGUUGCCACAAGGCGUUCCCCAGAAGCUCCAAGCUAACAAGGCACCUUAUAGCGCAUGACCCCAAUGCUCCUCGGCUCACGUGCCCUCAUCAUCCCCACUGUCUCCGAGCUUUCAAGUACCGAGACGCCCUGGCGUUCCAUGUGAGGACAGAGCACGCCGGGGAAUGGGGGACUAGGGGGCGGGUGGUUGGUGUUUCGCGUGAGGAGGUGGGGAGUGUGGGCGGGGUAAGCAUUGAGCAGAAGAAGUGGGGAAAGAAGGGAAAGAGAGCGAAUAGGGGAGUGGUGGGGAGGCGUCAUCCUGUGAGAGAGGCGGUAGAAGGGGGGAAGGAGAGGGGGGAAGGGGAGGGAGAGAGAGGGGAGGAGAGGGAAGGAGAGAAAAGGAAUGGUGAGGAGAUGGGUGAAGAGGGAAGGACCGUGGGGGAGAGGAAUGAAGAGGCGAGGGAUGACGAAGAGAGAGGAAGGAGAGGGGAGGAGAGGAAUGAAGAGGCAGGAUUGACCCAUCGCCUUCCUUCCAGGCAUGGCAGCUUGGGAAGGCCACUGGGCCAGCCGCAGGAGGAGGGCCGUGGGGCUGGAGCAAGGAGGGGGGAAGCGGAGGAGGGAACGCAGUCCUUGCUAGGCUAUACGGGCAGCAUCAGAAGGAGGUCGUUCGUGUGUCCAAAGUCUGACUGCAAGAAGGCGUUUGCAACAAAUUAUCGCUUACAGCGGCACUUAAACGUGCACGACCUCAAUGCUCCCCGGCACCCGUGCCCUCAUCCCCACUGCUUUCGAACCUUCAAGCGCCCAGACUACAUGGUGCGACAUUCUAGAAUGAAGCAUUGCACAGAGAGGGGGAGAGGAGGAGAGAGGCUGCAGCAUGCAAGGAAUCAACGUUGCGGGGAGGCAAGGAGGGACGAAGAGGGAAGGAGGGAGGAGAGGGACGAAGAGGGAAGGAGGGAGGAGAGGGACGAAGAGCGAAGGAGGGAGGAGAGGGACGAAGAGGGAAGGAGGGAGGAGAGGGACGAAGAGGGAAGGAGGGAGGAGAGGGACGAAGAGGGAAGGAGGGAGGAGAGGGACGAAGAGGGAAGGAGGGAGGAGAGGGACGAAGAGGGAAGGAGGGAGGAGAGGAACGAAGAGGGAAGGAGGGAGGAAGAGAGGGACGAAGAGGGAAGGAGGGAGGAGGAGCGGGACGAAGAGGGAAGGAGGGAGGAGAGGAACGAAGAGGGAAGGAGGGAGGAGGAGAGGGACGAAGAGGGAAGGAGGGAGGAGGAGCGGGGCGAAGAGUGGUGGGUGUCACAUGCCUUCCCACUCAGAAGCAGGGAAAACGUGGGAAGGGCAGAGAGCCGCGUGGGGGAGAGCAGCGUGGAAAGGGCUGUGAUCCCGCUCGAGGAAGAGAGCGUUGCAGUUGGAGAAGGGAGGGGGGAAGAGGAAAGAGAAUCCUGGAGAAAGGGCAGCGUUGGGGAGGCAGUGGUGAUGCAGCUUGAAGAGGGGUUCGGCACGGUUGGAGACGGAGAGGGGAUAGAAGAAGGAGCAACACCAUUGCUUCCACCCAGGGGGGAGGGCAGUGUUGGGGAGGCAGCGGUGAUGCAGCUUGAGGAGGGGUUCGGCACGGUUGGAGAAGGUAGGAGGGAGGAGGGAGCAGAUGCUGUGAUGGAGGACGAGGCUGGAGUGAACCAUUCCCGCCCUGCCCAUUCCCUUGUUGCCAAGGUGGGUAGGGCAGUGGUGCAGGCGCAAGGGGAGGGCAACAUGAUUGGGGGAGGGAAAGGAGCGGGGGGGGUUGCUGGGGUCAGCGAGGGGAAGAAUCAGUGUGGGGAACAGGAGGAGGAUGGGUGUGAGGAGUAUGGUCGAGGUGGAGUGGGGAAGGGGGAGGAAGCGGGGGAUGAUUUGUGGAUAGAAACGGAAAUAGGGGAGAGAGUAGAGGAAAGGGGAAUACGGGAGAAGGAAGUGGGAGGAGGAUACGGAGAGAGCGAGAUAGAGGGCAUCGAUGGAAGGAAGGAGGAAGAUGCGGCGGGUGAGAAAAGGGUGCGCACGAGCGUGCUCGAGUGGCGGAAGAGGAAGAACCAUGGUGCAGCAAGAGUUGGAGCAUCCAGACAGGAGGGGUUUACAAGGAGAGAAGUGAUGAGAAAGAGAAGGUGUGCUAGAGGAGGUGCUGAGGGGGAGGGUAUUAAUUCCAGGAAAAUCCACGUGAGAAGCCACCUGAAAAGCCACCUGAAGGGGCACAAGAGAUACCUGGCCACGAAGGUGCAUCUGAUUGUUGGGAGGAGAGGCCGCCGAUGCAAGCUGAGGAAACACCUGAAGGCAACAGAGAAACAGUUGAGGCGGAAGGAGAUGCUCUUGAAGGAGGAAGAGGCCCACCUGAGGCAGAGGGGCGAGCACCAGAAGCAACAGGAAGAGCACCUGAUGCAGCAAGAGCUGCACCUGAAGCAGCAGCGAGAACUCCUGAAGCAGCAGCAUGAGCACCUGGACGAUCAGGAAAAGCACCUGAAGCGUAAGAUGCAGCACCUGGAGCUUCAGGUGAGACGCACACAGAUUCGGAAGGAUUGUCUGAAUCGUUCCUCUGUAGCUCCUCGUGUGUUUAAAAAAGAGGUGGUGAUGAGUGGUGCGGAGGGAUGGAGGACGGUUGAGGAUGGUUGA